AAUUCAAAUAUAAAAUCAGCUAACAUAUCAAUAUUGAAAAUUUCGAUCGAUUUAUUAUAUAUUGUUUGACUGUGAUUGUGCUAAAUUCGAACCAAUCAAUAAAAAAAAUCUACUUCAGGAAAUAAUUUCAAUCGAAAAAAAAGAAAAGCGAAAAAAAUGUCUGAAUUUUGCGAUGAAUCAAUACAAGAAAUUAUUCGUAAAUCUUUAUUGGAAAGUAUGGCACAAGUGGAACGUGUUCCAUUACAAAAAUUUGAUUCAAAUAAAGCAAAUGAAAAUAUGCGUCAAUAUGAACAAUAUCAACGAAUGUAUGAACAUUCAAUUAAAUCACCAGGAACAUUUUGGAAACAGAUUGCAACCGAUUUCUAUUGGACAACACCAUUACCAUUAACAUAUCAUAAAAUUUUGGAAUAUAAUUUUGAUUAUAAAAAUGGACCAAUUAAAGUGGAUUUCUUCAAAGGAAUGAAAACAAAUAUUACAUACAAUCUAUUGGAUCGUGUAAUUAAUUGUGGAUUCGGUGAACGUAUUGCUUAUCAUUGGAUAGGGAAUGAUUUGAAUGAAAAGAAAAAAAUUACCUAUUCUGAAUUGAAAAAUCAAGUUUGCCGUUUAGCUAAUUAUCUAAAACAAACAUUGAAAAUUGGCAUUGGUGAUCGUGUGGCUAUUUAUUUACCAGUUACGAUUGAAUUGAUUAUUUCAAUGUUGGCUUGUGCAAGAAUCGGUGCCAUACAUACUGUAGUGUUUGCAGGUUUCAGUGCCAAUGCGUUAGCAGAACGUAUGAUAAAUGCCAAAUGUAAAAUGCUGAUCACGGCUGAUGCAUCAUUUCGUGGUGAUAAAUUUUUACAUUUUCAGCCAAUCAUAGACAAUGCCAUACAGAAUUGUUUGGCCAAAAAAUGCGAUAUACAGACAAUAAUCAUGGUGAAUCGUUUUGAAACUACGGCUAAUCGUCAUAAACAACGAUAUAAUGAUAUAGUUCAAAAACAUCAAUCACCACAUAGUCGAAUGAUCAUUUUAUGGGAUAAAAUUUUAAAUGAUAAGGCCAUCAAUGAUAUAUGUGAACCAGAAUGGGUUGAUGCUGAACAUCCAUUAUUCAUACUUUAUACAUCAGGAUCGACUGGUAAACCGAAAGGCAUAUUACAUACGGUUGCCGGUUAUAUGUUAUCGACAGCAACGGCAUUCAAAUAUGCAUUCAAUUAUCAUGAUGGUGAUGUAUUCUUCUGUACAGCUGAUAUUGGUUGGAUUACUGGUCAUACGGCAAGUGUUUAUGGUGCAUUAGCUAAUGGUGCAACCAUUAUUGUAUAUGAAGGUAUUCCUACGCAUCCAAGGGUAGAUCGUUUUUGGAUGAUUCUGAAUGAAUAUAAAGUGAAUAUUUUCUAUACAUCACCGACGGCCAUACGAUCAUUGAUGAAAUUCGGUGAACGUUAUGUAAAAUCAUAUUCAAUGCGUGAACUACGAUUAAUUGCAUUAGUUGGUGAACCAGUUAAUCGACAUACAUGGUUCUGGAUCUAUCGUUAUAUUGGCAAGGAAAGUUGUCCAAUUGUGGAUACAUAUUUUCAAACUGAAACUGGUGCACCAAUGAUUUUUCCCGUGCCAUAUAUUGUGGAUCUGAAGCCUGGAUCAGCGACAAUACCUUGGUUUGGAGUUGUACCGGUAAUCCUUGAUGAUAAUGGCAAAGAAAUUACCGGAACUGAUCAAGGAAAUUUGGCAUAUAAACAAGCAUGGCCAGGAAUGGCUCGAACAAUCGAUGGUGAUGCGGAAAUAUUUGAGACAACAUAUUUUAAAAAAUUUCCCGGAUAUUUUUUUACCGGUGAUGGCGCUUUCCGUGAUACAGACGGUCAUUAUUGGAUUACCGGUCGUAUUGAUGAUCUACUAAAUGUAUCCGGACAUUUAUUAUCUACAGCAGAAGUUGAAGCAGCAUUAUUAAAUGAUAAAAGAUUGGCUGAAGCAGCAGCUGUUGCUAUUCCACAUACGAUAAAAGGACAGGCUAUUUGUGCAUUUAUUGUUCUUAAACAAGGAUAUUCUGUAUUUGAUUUAGUCUUUCAAAAUGAAUUAAUUGCCAUAGUUCGACAAGAAAUUGGUCCCAUAGCAACGCCUGAAAUUAUAUUAAAUGUACGUUCAUUACCGAAAACACGUUCAGAUAAAAUUAUGCGUCGUGUACUUGCAUUGGUUGCUAAAGGUGAACGGAAAAAUUUCGGUGAUCUAUCCACAAUUGCCGAUGAAGCUAUUCUUGAUCAUCUAAUUAAAGUUCGUGCUGCAUAUCGACCGGUUACUGCAACAUUAUCUUCGUCCAAACCAACUCCAACAUCAACAACAACAACAGCAACGACGACGACGACGACGGCGGCGGCGGCAGCGCCGGCAACGACAAUUUCAUCGAUUAAUGAUAAAAAUCAAUCAUCAAUUCAAUAAAAGAAAAUUAAGGUGAACUUUUUUUUCUACGAUAAAUUCCAAAAAUAUUUCAAAGAUAUCUAAUUCUUGAAUGUGUCUAAUUUACUUAGAAAAUAAAAUAGAAAAUUCAAUCAAAA